CACAAUGAUGGGAUUUUCGGGUCUCCCGCUAAGAUGCUUUAUGUUAACAGGCCUUUUUAUAUAUGGAGAAACACACUCAUCUCCAGCGUCUGCAAGUCCUUACCUCACAGAAAAUGCAGGCGGGAGCUCAGAAGAGGUGGUGCUAACACAAGGAAUGUCUCUCAGAAUAACUGCUUUCUGUGCCUAUCAAUAUUUACCAGGAGACAAGAUGUGGUGCAAAGAAACAGAGCAGAAGGAAUGCGAUCUUAACAAAUCUUUCAGCCUUUCAGGAUGGAAGCUUCUAUCUACCAGACCCAACCAAAAGAUCACACUGGAGGGUCCAAGAAAUGGAUGCCUUUCUCUAUUCAUGACUGCUCUUGAAGUAGAAGAUUCGGGGACAUACUGGUUUGGACUUAUUGAUGGCUUGAAGAUGAUCUCAUUGAAGAAAAUUAAAGUGGUGGUUCAUGAAAAUCCUCUGGUGCCUACAAUGAUAUUCUCACCUCCAACCUCUACAACCCCUUCCUUUGGAAGUCCUAACAAGUUAGGAAGGAGAUUACAAGAAGUGAUUAAGGAGCAAGGAGAAUCUCUAAUCAUGAAAGCUUUCUGUUCCCAGCAACAUCAAGCAAAGAAGGUCUGGUGCAAAGGAGAUAUACUAAAAGAAUGUAAUCUUGACAAACCAGUAGGCAUCUCAGGAACAGGAUGGCAAUAUCUGACUCCUGAACCAAACCAAAGAGUUGUGUUAUUGGAGUCAGGAAAUGGCUGCAUUUAUUUUUUCAUAUCAGCUCUUCACAUGGAAGAUUCAGGAAUAUAUUGGUUUGGGAUACUUGAGGAUUUGAAUAUUAUCCCUUUAAGAAAAUUCAAAGUGAUUGUUCAAAAGGCCUGA